AUGGGGAAGGUAUCGGUGAGGAUGAAGGCAGUGGUCUACGGGCUGUCUCCCUUUCAGCAAAAGGUGAUGCCUGAUCUCUGGAAAGAUCUGCCGACGAAGAUCCACCACAAGAUCUCCAAGAACUGGCACAACACUAUCUUCACCCUCGGACCCAUCGUCAGAAUCUAUGCGUAUGUCCAGAACUACGAGGAAAAGGAGAAAUUGGAGCAUAGGUUCUGA